GACUUUUUUUCCCCUAUAGAUAAUUUAUUUUUGAGAAACAUGCUAUAUUGGGUUGUUUGAAAAAGCUUAUGUUCUAACAAAAUUGAAUCAAAUACUUGCUUUAAUUUUCCAUUGCCUAAAACCAAAUUUGACUAGAGUUAUUGAGGAUUGAUUAUAAGAGAAUGACAUAGGAGCUUGAAUAAUUACAUUCCCAGCCAAGCAAAAGGUUUUCAUUUUACAUCAAAGGAAAUAUGACAGUUAAAACAAACAAACAAACAAAACUCUCUUUGGUCCUGUGAUUGAAUAGGGAUGUUACUGAUACCUAAGUACUGACAUUUUAUCAUCUUGAUUACUAGUCUAUCUGACAGGAGAAUAAAGGCUUUCAAGGAAAGAACCAGAUACUUUCUAAGGUACCUCCUUUAAUUCUAAAACUUGAUCUCUUUCAUAACUAGUUCUUUUUUAUCUAAUUUUCAAAUUUCUAUGAAAAGAUGGUAAAUUGCCUUUGUAGUUCUUAAAAGCAAACACUAGACUACUUUUCUAUGACAAACCACAAAAUUUAUUCAUUAACUUUUUUCCAGUCAAAACAUAGAGUGGAUCAAAAUGUGUUCUUUGAGCAAUUGUAAUAUCCCUGUGAACCCUAGACUGAUAGCAUGCAGGGGAUCUCAGACUCAAUUUGGCACCCCUUCCUUGCUUCCUUCACAUUCUAAUGUUAGGAUAGUUAUGAGGAUGAUCACUUCUGACCUCAUAUAAUUAUUCCUGUACUAUCAGGCAGAAUUGGAUUUCUCUUUCUGGGAAAUACUAAAUACUAAUUUCUUGUAGAACAUUAGGCUUUUUCUCUGAGAGCAUUUUAGAAAAUACUGAUGCUGGCUGCUGCAAGGAGCAGGCGCGGGGUGGGCGCGGGGUGAGCAGGGUGCCACUGGCUGCUGGGGUCUGCAGGUCACUGAGCCCCCGGGAGAGGGGACUCCUGAGGCUGCACCUGCCUGUGUUUACCUGGCAGCCAGCGCAUCCGCCCCCGCAAACUCCCGGGAGAGCUCAGGAAAGGUCGUUGGUCCCCGCGAGGGAAACAGAGCCCUUGACCAUGGUUGCAACUGGCAGUUUGAACAGUAAGAACCCGGCCAGCAUUUCAGAAUUGCUGGACCACAGCUAUCACCCAGAGAGCCUGCUAAGUGAUUUUGACUACUGGGAUUAUGUUGUUCCUGAACCAAACCUCAACGAGGUAAUAUUUGAGGAAUCAACUUGCCAGAAUUUGGUGAAAAUACUGGAGAACUGUCUGUCCCAAUCAAAGCAAACCAAACUUGGUUGCUCAAAGGUCCUUGUCCCAGAGAAACUGACCCAGAGAAUUGCUCAAGAUGUCCUACGGCUUUCCUCCACGGAGCCCUGUGGCUUGCGAGGUUGUGUUAUGCGUGUGAAGUUGGAAAUUGAAAAUGUAUGUAAAAAGCUGGAUAGGAUUGUGUGUGAUUGUAGCAUGGUGCCUACUUUUGAGCUUACACUUGUGUUUAAGCAGGAGAACUGCUCGUGGACUAGAUUCAGGGACUUCUUUAGUAGAGGUUGCUUCUCUGGUUUCAGGAGAACUCUGAUUCUCAGCUCAGGAUUUCGACUUGUUAAGAAAAAACUUUACUCACUGAUUGAAACAACAGUCAUUGAAGGGUCCUAAAAAGGGAACAUUUAUAAAGGUUUUUUCAUGAUUGGGUAGCGAAACUACUCAGCUAGUCAGCUAAAGUCAUUUAUAGUUUGCCCCACCUACCCUCAGUAAGAAACCCCAAAUGUAGUCCAUUUUCUUUUUGUGUUUCACAUUCAUAGCAACUGCAGCUAACAGGCUGAUUUUCUGGCCUUUGGAGAAAUGAUCCAAAAUAGUAUAGUGUACGUUUUCUGCAUAUAUCAGAUUUUUGUAGAGAAUUGAAUGAGAUGGAAUAGGUAAGCAAAAGUAGAAGUCCAUUUGAGUUGUACAUUUGAUUCCACAAUUUUGUUUCAGGUAGGCUUGCUAAUAGACUAUAUAAACCAGAUUUGCCUAGUUCGAUUUUCAUAUGGCUUUUUUUUCUGUAAGUUUUCAGAGUGAUUCUUUAAAUCACAGAAUCUUACUAAGUGAUACUUAGCCUAUCAAAACUUCCAGAAGCCUACACCACCAGUUCCUGAUUCAAAUUUGAAUGGUUCUUAGACAGGAGGGUAGGAUUAAGUAGGUGAGUUUAAUUAAAGCUUAACCCUAGGUAAGAGUGAAUGAGAAAUAUUACGGCUAUAAUGGAACUGCUUCACUGUUUCUUGGUGACUUCCUCACGCUAAUGUUUUAAAAAGGCAACAAAAGCUUGUGCUGCCAUUUCAGUAACCACAGUGUUGUUUUGGAUGCUUUCAUAAGUUCAGUUUCCCUUGUUCUUAAGUGUUAAAUAUUGUUUUUAAACUAGAAAAAUGCAAAAUAUUGAACUGAAAAAAAAAAGAAAGAAAAUACUGAUGCUUUCCAAAACAGUUGAGAGAAUCUUUUCUCACCUGAAAUUCCAAAUUUGGAAAAUCUUAAUAAUUUGUUGAUUUACUUUGCUUAUAUAACCUGUAUGUAUGUGUGUGUAGAAAUAGUUGGGAGGUGUUUGUUUUUAUCCAAUUAGCCUGCAUCAUCUCCUUAGAGGUGCACUCUGUCAUGUUUUCUGUCAUUAUACUUUUUGCUUUUUUAACACCAAUUUUCUAACUGUUCUUUGGUAUGCACUCACAUAUCUGGUGAUGUUGUAAUUAAAUAUGACCUUUGUUUUCAAAUAAAAAAAUCCCCUUUGUUUUCUGAAAAAAGUAAUUUGGAUCUAAAUAAUUUUCAAUAAACCAAAGAGGAAUGCUUUAAAAAAAAAAAAACAAAGCAAACGCACAUUCAACCAGAGCCUACACUAUGUAUUUUCUAAGUAAAUUGGCACAAAACCAGAAUACUGUAGUAUUUUAUUUAGCUAGAUACCUGGAAAGCAUUUUUUAAAUUAGCAUUAUUUUUUCCUUUUAUACCAGAGGUAAAGAACUUCCAAGUACAUUUUCUUUUACCUGUUACAUAUAUUUUCAUAAAACAUGCAAAUUGAUCAAGUAAGAUACAAAAAUAAAAUUGCUUAUAUAACAAUGAUAAGACAAAGAUGAUGUUUCCCAUAAUGUCCAUAAGCUCAUAUGGAGAUUUAAGUUAAGGCUACAUACUGUUAGAAUUCUGAAAUGAAUCAGAGGUAUGACUCAACAACAAUGGAUAUUGAGCUAGGAGUUCCCAGUUUUAAUCUCAGUUCUGCUUCUGAUGGUUUAAUUUUGAGCAAGCAAAAACUUCCCUGAACUCACUCUGUUCUGCAGAGUGAGGGAAAAGGGAAAUAGUCUUGAUCAACGCUGUCUAACAGAACUUUCUGCAUGAUGGAAAUAUUCUCUGCUCUGUCCAAUAUGGUAGUCACUAGCCACAUGUGGUGACUGAACACUUGAAAUGCAGUAGGUGUGACUAAAGAACUGAAUUUUGCAUUUUAUUUAAUUAUAAUUAAAUUAAAUAACCACAUAUGGCUAAUGGCUACUAUAUUGGAUAGCAGAGGUCUAGACUCACUCUCAUUCACUCAUUUAGCAAGCAUUCAAGUGCCUACAAUCUGCCAACCAAGCAUCUGGCCAGGUGGAGAAGGUGUGUCAUCACAUCUUUGCCUUCAAGGAGUUAACAUGAAGAAAACUAAGUACUUGCUAGUACCUGUCUUUAAUAAGCAUAAUAAGCAUACGCAAAAA